AUGAAUACACCAACGUAUGAUGCCUACGAAUAUGAAACCAUAUGCAAGAUUGAGGGUUUACUGAAUCCACAUCUCAAGGCUGCCAUUUUCUACAUGGUUUUUGCACUUGGCCUCAUUGGUAACAUCACCGUCUUAUGGGUCCUCUUGAAAAUCAUGCAUGUGAAAAAUAUGACAAAUCUCUGCCUGCUGAAUCUGGCUCUGUCAGACCUACUGAUGGUCCUCUCACUGCCCUUCUGGGCUCUCUAUGCUCAGGGCCACUACUAAAAAACCAAUGAAAUGUGUAAGGCAAUGGCGGGUACAUACCAAGUGGGAUUUUACAGCGGGAUCUUAUUCGUGACUCUAAUGAGUGUGGAUCGCUAUUUGGUCAUCGUACAUGCCGUUGCGGUGCUGGGAGCGAAGAUGCUGCGAUAUGGAAUUGUGGUGAGUCUCGUUAUAUGGAUGGUUUCCAUCUGUGCUGCCCUUCCAGAGGCCAUCUUUGCAGCAAUGGUCACAGAGGACAACAUCACCAGCUGUCAGAGAGUUUAUCCUGUUGGGUCAGCCCAGAAGUGGAAGCUUUUCCGUAACUUUGGUGAAAACACAGUAGGACUAUUCAUCUCUUUGCCCAUUUUAGCCUACUGCUACACCAGGGUCCUAAUGGUUGUGAAGAAGACAAAAAACUCAAAAAAGGAACGGGCCAUAAAGCUCAUCUUAGGCAUUGUCAUCGUGUUUGUGGUCUUCUGGGUGCCCUACAAUGUGGUGGUGUUUCUGAAAACCUUGGAGGAGUUUGGCUUUCUAAGUGGCUGCAAUGUUUAUCGUGGUAUCAGCAUGGCCAUGGACCUGACAGAGACGAUCGCACUCACUCACUGCUGUGUAAAUCCGGUCAUUUAUGCUUUUGUUGGAGAAAAGUUUAGGAAAUGCCUAGUAAGUAUGUUUUCUAGAUAUCUUGGAUGUGUGAAGACUUACCAAUCCACAUCUACGCAAUCCAAAGUGUCAGAGAAUGAAACUUCCAACACGGCUAUUUUUUUUACAUCUCCCAUCAAAAGUACACAAGUUUAGGUUCGACAGUUUUUUGUUUCUUUGUAAAUAUUGUGCUUAUCAUUUAAGAUGUCUUUAUUCAUGCGUUGCGACAUAUAAUACAUUUGUUGACUUCAUGAUGGUAAUAUCAAAUAAAUUUUACUACCUCAAUUAGUAAAACCAAAUGUCAGAGAUAAAAAUGAACCAUCAUACAAGCAUGUGAAAUAAUACAAGAAUAUGAAAAUUCCUGCUUCAGGUUGGUGGGGCAAGAGAUGCUUGCUGUCUUCUAGUGUUUAUGAAUAAACUAGUGUUUUACAAACUGGCUUAAAAAUGAACUGAUGCAUUAAAUUUAAUGAAUUUACAAAUGAUUUAAUAUUACUAAUAUAUCUGUUCCUCAAUAUCUUUAAGGUCUCAUUACAUGACCUGCUAAAAAGUUCAUUACUGUUUCAGUAUAAUAGUUAUUAACCACAGGAAAAAAAAAAAAACAUCCUUAACCGCACAGUUCGAAGGCAAAACCAAACACAAAAAGUUUUUCCCCUCACAUGGGUUAAAAGAGGAUGUGUGAGUGCAGUAUUGAUAAAGAGGAACUGUACUUUGAAUGUAUUAUUUACUGGAUCGAUGUCUGUGAAUUAUGUGUAUUCCUAAUGUCUGUUACAUUUUAUGCCUAAACUACUUAUUUCAAAUGCACUGAUACACAUAUAAAGAUGUAUAUCAAUAUGUAAAUAAACAAAUAAAUAAAACGAUCAAA